GCUUCGAAUAUCUAAAUCACCCCAACCAUGUCCGUCCUCACUCAUGUUUUGGCCUGCCUGUUUGGCAUGGGAUCCUGGGUCACCAUCUGUGGGCUUUGGGUGGAGAUUCCUCUAAUCGUUUCACAUACCCCUGAGGGCUGGUAUCUUCCAUCCUACCUCUCCGUUAUCGUCCAAAUUGCCAACAUCGGCCCUCUAUUUGUGACGUUAAUGCAUCGGUUCCGUCCAGGAACUCUUAAAGAAACGGCAGUUAUCUAUUUUAUUGUAAGUUUUGGUAUUCUGGCCAGCUUCUUACUGGCGUUCUUCUGGAGCGAGAGGGUCGAAGUGCAAGGUGUGGAUCGAAGCGUUCCCCUCCUGCUUCUAACCUUCUUCAUCUCCAUCGUGGACUGCACUUCAUCUGUGACUUUCCUUCCCUUCAUGAUGCAGCUCAAGACAAAAUAUCUGACCACGUAUUAUAUAGGAGAAGGUCUGAGCGGUCUUGUGCCAGCUCUGGUUGCGAUGGUGCAGGGUGUAGGUGUCAUGGAUUGCGUCAAUGCAUCUCAGAUCCUCGGAUCCAAUGAAACGCUGCUUCAGCAUGUAAAUGCAUCUGAUCAUGUUGACUACCUUGUGCCUCAGUACCAGCCUGCCAACUUUUCAGUUGAAGCCUAUUUUUUCUUGCUGACGGCCAUGAUGGUGGUUUGUUUGGUAGCUUUUGUACUUUUAAACAACCAUCCAGCCGUGCUUAAAGAACAUGAAACUAAACACAACAAUGCUGGAGACUCCAUAUCACAAUGGAAAACCAAAAGAACUGAACAGAAACCGAUGAUUGGUUUUCAUAGGGGUCAUGACAAGCCCAAGAGCAGUUUUGGGACAGGGAAGUACAGCUGGUUACAGGUGGUGUACAUCUACGUUAUCCUAGCCUGGGUGAACGGUCUGACAAAUACUCUUCUGCCAUCGGUUCAGUCAUACUCAUGUCUACCCUACGGAAACCAGGCUUAUCACUGGUCUGCCACUAUGGCGAAUGUUGCCAAUCCUGUGGCCUGCUUCAUCACCAUGUUUUAUCUUCGAAGGUCUUUAGUGUUGCUGGGUCUUCUCACUUCAGUUGGGUCUCUUAUUGGAGUUUACAUUAUGGGUGUGGCUGUGUCGAGUCCAUGUCCUCUUCUAGUUAAUGAGACCUCGGGAGCUGUGCUUAUGGUGUUGGCGUGGUUCUUUUUUAUUUUCAUUCUUUCAUUUGUAAAGGUGAUUAUUGCAGUUAUUCUGCGUGAUGAAGGACACAGUGCUCUUGUGUGGUGUGGAGCGGUAGUUCAGAUAGGCUCAAUGCUGGGGGCAGUAACUAUGUUCCCUUUAGUCAAUGUAUAUGACUUAUUCACUUCAGGAGACCCAUGUAAUAAACACUGUAUAUGAAAUAUGGGUCUUGGGAAAAUGCUAACUCUACUAUUAUCCAUUAGCCUAAUAUCAGUUACUCUCAGGUACAUUUUUAUCAGAUAAAGACGUCAUUUUUCACUCACUUUUUUGGGCAUUCUCUUACUUGUGUAGCGUUAUACAUUUUUUAGAAGAGUUGUUUUAAUUCGUACAGGCAGACCGUCGAUUUUUGUUGAUUACAACGCUUUGGAAUACGCGAUUGAGAUUGGUCAAUAGCGCCAUCCAGUGGUCUGCGCG